AUGCGUGGCAGCCUAAGGAGGAGCCCUCGGAUCUUGAUGCCCAAGGCCUCGCUCCAGCACCCGGAUGUGCUGAAUGCAUCCCUGAGCACGCUCGACUGCGGUGAUAAGGAGCCACAGGACCUGUGUCGCGAAGUCAAGAAGCUGAAAGCACACCGAGUGUCCUGGCUGGAGCAGUUGAGGUAUCGCUUCUUGCUGACAUCGGCUCCGAAGUGUACGUACACGGGGCGCGUCUACCCGUUUGCGGCUUCCAACUCCGUGGUGGCCAUGUUCUCUAAUGGUCGGCAUGGCGUGAGCCAAGCGAUUUAUGCAGCCCUGCAGGACAACGUGCAUGUCAAGCUCGUGCACGAAAAAGCCUUCGUGGAAGAGAUACGAAGCAUGCAAGCUUCUUGGAGAGAGCUCGCAGCUCUACCUCCUCGUGCACAGUCUGUUUACGACUGGGCUACGAGCAGUGAUGUUCGAAUUUGCUACAUGUACGAGCUUUUGCGCUCCUACAGGACGAAGCUGGCCUACAAGCCGUCAUCCGAUGGAACCAUUGCGAGGCUGUUGAAGACGAAAACUUCCUCGUGCGGACAUCAGAGCUACAAGCCGGGAUCAGAGAUGGUACGCGCGGACAAAGGUCGCCGCAGCUACUGUGUUGAGUCUUGGCCAGUUCCCUCGAAUGCCUCAGCCAUGGGUGAGGUCCUCCUGCCAAGCCAACUGGGUCAAGGUAGCCUGUGGAGUCUGACACCUUCGAACCGUGGCGUGCAUACUUGCCGACUUCGAUUUCCGCGAAGUUGCAGCGCUGGCCGUGGUGCAAGCUUCCGACAACCACAUCAGAUUCUAUGA